CACGCUUUAUUUUUACAUUUUUAUAAAAUAUUUUAAAUAAAUAAACAGGUUUUUUACUGCGCAAUGUCCGACACAUCGGAGAACACAACAACUAUACCCGACACACAACCCAGCCAUCAGCCUCGGAAAGAAUCAGGUCCAGUGCAAGUGGCCAUGGAUUCUAUUGACACUGGUGUUGGUGUUGCAGAGCAGCCAGGCAGUAUUCGCUUGCACGCACAGCGUAUAUGCGUCAUUGGGGCAGGUCCAGCGGGUCUGGCUGUUGCACGCGUGUUUGUUGAAAACAAAUACACCUCGGUCACCGUGCUGGAGCGCAACAGUGACAUUGGCGGCGUAUGGUGCUACACACCGGACUCAAAGUCCCACUAUAACGUGCCUCAGGACUCAUCGGACCACGCUAAACAGUUUGGCUACGAUGAGCGCAGCUCAUUGACACAUGGGUUCCCCACUGCGCUGUACGACGACCUCCACACGAACCUGCCCACAGAUGUCAUGCGAUUUAUCGACCAUGAUUUCCCAGAAUCCACGCCCGAAUAUCCAAGCCGCUGCCACGUCGAGCAGUACGUGCGCUCCUACGCUGAUACCCACGACCUCCACCGGCUGAUUCAGCUCAACAAGGAGGUUAUAUCGAUUAAGUAUGACGCUGGGCAAAAGCAUUGGGAGUGCAAAGUGCAGGAUUUGUUGAGUCCCGGGCUGCCGCCCAAAGCAAUAUUGUAUGACGCAGUUGUUGUGUGCUCGGGGCGCGCCAACCACCCGUACAUUCCCGAUGUCCCAGGUCUUCGAGAGCUCGCUGAGGCUAGGCCGGGCUGCAUUAUGGCUGCGAGGGAGUACAGGCGGGCCACGGACCAUUGCGGCCAGUCCGUGCUGGUUGUCGGCGGUGCGUUUUCGGGCUCUGACAUUGCGCGCCAGCUGAGCUACACCGCCGGAAACGUGCACAUAUCUAUGACCAAGAUAGAGAAGGGCCCAGAUAGCGAAAUGGAUAAAGACAUGCCUGUAGUUGGCGUUGACGGCUGCAACCCGCACAACAUGCCUGUGAUACACCCCCGGAUCGAAUGCAUCAUGCCUAAUGAAAUUUUGUUUACCGACGGAACAGCCAUGCCCAUCCCGGACUGCAUAAUCUACGCCACUGGGUACCUGUACGUAUACCCGUUCAUCGACAGCAACAACCCGCAAUCGCUGGCCUACCGGUUACCGACCCACCACCAGCACGCCAAUAACGAGCUGGCAGAAGCAGAGUUGCCGCCGUUCACUGAUGGGCACAAGGUCAACGAUAUGUACAAGUACCUCCUGUAUAUCCAUAACCCGACGCUAGCAAUUUUUGGCAUGCCAUUCAGAAUUGCUCCGUUCCCGUUUUACGAGUACCAGGCGCACUACCUGGCCCACGUGUACAAGGGCAUUGUGCCGCUGCCCAGUCCCGAGCAGAUGCUUGAUGAGUGGAACAAGCUGGUCGCCGAGUUUCCAGGAAAGAAGCUGAAUGAAAUGGGCAUGCUGCAGAUUGACUAUCGCAAUGACCUGCUGGACACAGUUGACCGAUUUUCCGAGUCCAAAAGUGACAGUGGUAAGCGGCUACACCGCGUUGAGCGGGACUCUGCGUGGGCUGAUCGGUGCUUCAACACGCUGGUGAAUCGCAAAAGACAUUUGGGAUACUAAAGAACGACUUUACAAACACUUACAAUUGGAAAGUACUAUUUUAAUUAAAGUGUUAUUAUUUUUUUUGGCAUAUCUUUAAUUCGCAGAUAUCUUGGGUGCGUUGGCAGUGCUGUUAUUGCUGGCGGCAGCAGGAGCAGGAGCAGGAGCAGG